GCGACGGGUGUCAAAUUAAAAGUCUUGUCAAGAAACUGAGAAAUGCUACCAAGUUUGGGGGUUAUAACUUCGUAAUACAGUCCUAACAUGUUUUUUGAUAUAUGACAAAACGAUGAAACUUUAAACUGGCAAACGUAGAUAAAGAUAUUUAAGGACGUUUUGUGAUUUGUUGACGAAAGGAUCCCAACGAACGACGUCUGCUGAUGCGACCAGCCUCCCCUCGAAUGAAUGCCAAAGCUUGGGAUAAAAUCGUCGCUGAAAGGACUCCAUGUCUUUCUUGGACUGUUCCUGCAUCUCCCACGCUCAGGUCCAGCCCAUGGACAUAGAGGAGUGCUAUGAAGACACCAGCCACCAAUUCCUGAGCUCAGACGGAUCUGAAUUCACCCUCCAAGGGCCAGCAGGGGGCGAUGACAUCACAGGGCUAUCUGCUGAACCGGCCCACUACCAAAUACUGGCUGAGCUUGGUAGGGGCUUUAAUAACCUGAGCCUGGUGCACAUGGGGCGACACAUCCCAACAGGGCAGUUAGUGGCAUUGAAACAGACCAACCUGGACGAAUGCACAGAAGAGGAGCUCUUACAGCUUAUGAAUGAGGUUUUGCUGUCUCGACUUUUCCGCCAUCCAAACCUGCUCACGUGCCGCCUCGUCUUCAGUUCUUCUUGUCAACUCUGGGUCCUUUCACCUCUCAUGUCCUAUGGCUCUGCAGACACUUUGCUGAGAACCUAUUUCCCUGAUGGUAUGAGCGAAUCACUAAUAGCCUAUCUGCUGUUUGGAGUGCUAAAGGCUUUGGAAUACCUCCACAAAAUGGGCUAUGUUCACCGGGGGGUGAAAGCGAGUCACAUCCUUCUGUCUGGAGAGGGCCGUGUGUACCUGUCGGGGCUGCACAGUGCCUACAGUAUGAUGAGGGAGGGCAAGAGGCAGAGGGCGGUCUAUGAUAUGCCCCACCACAGCCCCUCACUGCUGCCCUGGCUCAGUCCGGAGCUGCUCAGACAGGACCUGCACGGUUAUGGAGUAAAGUCGGAUAUUUACAGUUUGGGGAUUGUGGCCUGUGAACUGGUCAGCGGACGGGUGCCUUUUCAAGACAUGCCGCCAACUCAGAUGCUCCUCCAAAAGCUGCGCGGCUCUCACUGCUGCCUGCUCGACGUCGCGCCCUUUCCUCUGGGGGAGUUGGGGGGGCUGAAAGUGUCCCGCUCGGGGGUGGACUCCGGGAUCGGGGAGAGCGUAGCCACUGGUUCUAUGACGCACAGUGCAACAGCGCCCCCUACAGACAGACCACAGAGCCCCGGGCCGAAAAACCACUCCGCCACUCUGCACAACCUGGUCCAGCAGUGUCUACAGCAGCAGCCUGAGAGGAGACCCUCGGCAAGCACUCUGCUGACCCACGCCUUUUUUAAACAGGUGAAAAGACACACGCGGGACUCCUUUCUCAGCCUCAUGUACCCCGCCGUACCCCUCACCAGCCCGGACGACCCUCCUGUCUCCAGCCCCCCCAUCCCAUCAUGCAAUUCACCAACCACUCCGUCUGAAACCACUGAUGCUAUAUGGGACUUCUCUUAAAAACUCACCAAAAUUAUCCCAAAAAUCAUGAAGAAUAAGCCAAAAAAGACAAUCUAAAGAAGCAAUUAUGAGGCCUAAUUUUACUGUGCUGUUUAAACACUACAUUAAGAGCCAACUUGAGCCUUUAUUAUGUUUUUUUUAAUUCUUUUAUAUUUUAUUGACAAGGGAGUUUUUGACUGUGAAAGCGCUGGAUCAAAAAAAGCUGUUCUUGAUAUCAAUAAUAAUAUAAUAGAUUAACUGUAGUUGUAAUAAUAUUAAUAAUAAUAAUAAUCCUGUACUUCCUACUUAAAGUGCAUAUGACAGUUUUUUCUUCUACCUAUGUCAUCAACACUGAAAUUUUCUGAAAACCUAUUACGGUAUUCUAAUCAUAAUAUUAGACAAACGUUGGCCCUUGUUUACAUUAUGGUUGCUAGGUAACAGCUAUGAAAUUACCUCUGUGUAUGUCAUAUCUGCUGCCCUUAUCCAACCAGGAAGUAAAAUUAUACAUUUCACCAAAAUUAAAAAAAAACUAGAUUUUUUUAAAAGUUAACUCUUAAAAAUAAUGAUGUUAUUGAUGUGAAAUAAGUAGCCUAGCCUGUCAUAUGCACUUUAAUGAAAAAGGCAACUAUAAGUGAAGGAAAAACCUACUAUGAACAAUAUGUUGAACAGGAAUGCACUACAAUAUAAGGUGUGUCUAAAUUGUCAGCUAAGAACAUUUUAAACAGGGAUGUAACAAUAACUAUAAUGUCAUAUUGCAAAAUCUAAAGUUUCACAAUAAUAUAUGGACUAUUACAUUAUCCUUUGCUCUAUUUCAGCGGAGCCAACUUUAAAACAUGAUAGUUGUUUAACACUUGAAAAUCUUUGAAAUAUGACAAUAACGUUAACACUAAAGGCUUGUUGGGUGAGUUGUGAAAAAGUUACUUAGCCUUCCCACAGUCUUGCAAUAAGUAUUUAAAUACUGUGCGAUUUGGAUAUAGUAACAUCCCUAAUUUAUCAUCUGUUUUACUGGACACACCAUCUUACUGUGAAAGGUACACUCUGUAACUUUUUUAGUGACAUAGUGGACCUUUCAGCUACUUCUACUUUCUGGGCACACCUUAGAAAACUUGACAAACUGUAGUAUUGUUAAGCUGGUAAUUACAAUAGGCUUUUAUUCCACUUUCAUUCAUUGUGGUAGUCUAUAUGUUAGCUUUUCAUGGGUCUGUGUAAAAUAUGGGACUUUGGUUUCCUCUUCUGCAAUAGCUAAGUAUUGAGUUGACUGUGAAUAACGGUAUUGUAUUACGGUAUUAAGGGUACAUACAUAGCCUAUAGCCUAUAACUAAUAUUUUAAUUAUUUUAAUCUCUAUAUACAUGCACUCAAAACUGUGUACAAAAUCAGACCUCAAUACAUUGCUUUAAAGAUGUACUGUGUAACUUUUCAGUUUGGACUUUUGCAUCGUUUUCAUCUCCAUGGAGAUUUUUUUGCCUGGAAUACAGUAUAGCACUAAACACAUCUAUUGAACAUUAAUUACUGGGGGUUUAUUGCUCUGAAAUCCCUUGAAAAACAUGCAUUCUUUCCACAGAUAUGACCUGUGACUUAGCCUGGGAGUGUGCAAUGCUUGUCUCCAUGGAGAUAGAUAGGUUUAAUGCCAUACAGUGGAACACACUGACACAUUGGUGUUGGACCCUGAACCAGAAAAGUUGCAUUGUCCACCUUUAAUAAUGGCUGGACAUCAAAAGUGACAAAUUUUAAUCUGUAAAUAUCUAACUGUUUUUUUGAGCAUACAAGUAUCAUGUAUGUGUGAUUUUUAAGUGCAUUUAUUGAGAGCCUUUUAUCCAAUGGUACAACUGGAGCACAUAGCAAUAGCAAAUUCACCCUGCGUUUUCAUGUAGAAGAUACAGUCUCUACUUGUUACCUGUGAAUUAUCAAAAUAUGAGAUUAUACAUGUGCUUUGUCCAUGUCUUCAAAAAUGCCUUUAUGUUUUUUGAAAGAUGGUGAUAUCUUUGUAACUGUGACUGGUGUACUGUUAAACAACUGUGACUUGCAGUACAUUGGAUAUGGUAGCUGUAUGAGCCUUACGAUAUGUAAACGCAUUAUCAUAACCUAUAUAAAGUAAAUAUAAAUGAUUUUUCAAAGA